AUGCAAAGAACCCCCGUAGCGAAAAAUGUACCUAUAGGUCCUGCUGUUAAUGAGGCUGUUGAUAAUGAACAAGUAGAAUCUGGUAGUCAUAAGUCGCUGUCAAAAUCGGUGAGAGAUUCCGCGUCCGUUGGUAGUGUGAGUAAUCGUUCGCGUAGAAGUAGGCAGUCAGCAGUGAGCAAAACGCAAAGCCAAAUCAGAGCUCUGGAGCUUGUCGACGAGUUAGAAGAACAGGAGUUACGUGCGUCGUUGGAGCAAGAUAGGAUUUUGGCUGAGCAACGGCUGGAAGAGCUCAAGAUCCAGAAAGAUUUGGAACUCAAGAGAGAGCAGAAAAAGGCAGAGUUCAUCAAACGAAAACGCGAACGUGCUAUCCAGAUAAGUGAGCUGCGUUCCGGUUCUGGAGAUUCGACCUGUAGCUCCAUGCAACGUGUACAAAACUGGAUUGACCGAAACGAUGGAAUGGAGAAUGCAGAAAACGUCGAUCAUGCGGGCACCGAAGCUGUUCAGCGUGAUAUCCCUGAGAAGGGUGUGAAUGACGUACUGUGUCACGCUUUCAAGGCUCUUCAAAAUCGACACGUGAAGGAUUUACCGCAGUUUUCUGGAAACAUCAAUGACUGGCCAAUCUUCGAAAACGAAUUUAAGAUGUCCACCGACGAAUACAAGCUAACCGAUAGAGAGAACCUCAGAAGAUUGAACAACGCUCUACAGGGCAAAGCACGCAAGGCUGUGGAAUGUUUACUGUCUGCUCCUGAGAACGUUAGCCUGAUAAUGCGAAUGCUGAAAUCCAAUUUCGGCCGCACUGAGUGGGUAGUAGCUAACAGACUGGAGCUACUACGAAAUCUGGAUUACGUGAAGGAAGGAAACAUCGAAUCUUUCCGUACUUUCUACAACGCUGUUAUCGGUACCGCGGUGGCGCUGAAAAAUGUGAACGCUGAGAUGUACCUGAUGAACCCUGAGCUCAUUUCCCACCUGGUCGAGAAACUGCCAUUAUUCAGUAAGCAAAUGUGGGUACGCCACAAAGCGUUUUUGCUGAAGCAGGACACGAUCGUUGAUUUUCAAGUUUUUUCGCGGUGGUUGGAGGAUGAAAUGGAAAACCAACUGGCAAGCUUGAACCCCAUCUUCCUCAAUAAAAAAGAACGUAGAGAUGACCGUAGAGAUGUGCCGUUUACCAGAUCCAAGCCACCUGUUCUGAAUGUCAACGCUCGUCCAGCAGACCCACAAAAGACGUGUCCACUGUGCAAUGCCAAUGAUCAUCUGAGCCUCGUCAAGUGCGAUAAGUUUGCCAAACUUUCCGUUGAGCAACGCCGUUCUGCUGCGAGAUCGUGUAACGUUUGUUACAUUUGUUUGGAGCAAGACCAUUCGCGCCGUAACUGUCGAUCUGAUAGAACGUGUGCAGUAUGCAACAAAAAUCAUCAUGAAUUAGUGCACUCGGAUAGAGAAAGUAAAAAACCAUUUCGCAAGUUCGGAAACAAGGAUGCUGAGGAUGUCUGCCACGUCAAUGGUAGGAAUGUGACCACUCUGCUGCGUGUUGGUAAAGUUCGAAUUCGAAGUCAUGGUAAAGUUCAGGAUGUUUUCGCUCUAUUCGAUGAAGGAUCUUCACUCUCGAUGAUCGAUUCGGAGCUUGCUGAUCAGAUGGAGCUGAGCGGUCCAGUUUCUCCUGUGACCUACCGCUGGACAAACGGAAUUUUGCACAACGAUUCCGAGUCAAAGAUCCUGUCUUUCCAAAUUUCUGGGCCUAGCGAGCAGGCUAAGUGGUAUGAACUGGACAACAUGCGAACCAUCAAGAACAUGAAUCUUCCUCGUGUGAACCUCGACAUCGACAGGAUCAAGCGCCUGUAUCCGCUUCUUGAUGAGGAAAAGUUGCUGAUGAUCCAGAAUGCCACUCCUAAAAUUUUGAUUGGAUCCAACAAUGCUGGCCUUAUUGUUCCUCUGAAAACAGUCCAGUAUUCAGAAAGAGGCCUACAACUAACGCGUUGUCAUCUUGGAUGGACAAUACACGGUGCGAUUGAACCUGGCACAACGGAUAUUGCUGAUCAAUUCCAUGUUUUUCUCUGUUCAAACGAUCAAGAUCUAGAGCUGAACGAAAUGAUAAAAGAGCUAUACAAAGUUGAAGAUUUUGGUAUCCGAGAUCAAGGUCCGAAAAUGUCCGAAGAAGAUGAACGAGCAUUAGACAUUAUGAACCGCACACUGAAUCGAUGUAAUGAUCGUUUCGAAGUUGGACAGAUUUACCGCUAUAACAAUUUUGUGUUCCCAGACAGUAAGCCACAAGCACUCCGGCGACUAAGCAUUAUGGAGAAGAAGAUGGAUGCAGACCCGAAAUUUGCUGAGCAGUAUUGUGAGAAAAUCAAUGCUUAUAUUGAGAAAGGGUACGCCAGGAAGCUCAGACCCGAUGAACUGGAUGAACCGUCGAACACAUGGUAUCUGCCACAUUUCAGUGUAGUGAGUGCCAACAAAUUUCGUUUGGUGAUGGACGCAAAAGCAAAAUCUCAUGGUUUCUCCUUGAACGAUCUUUUACUGAAAGGACCCGAUUUCGUUCCGCCAUUGAUAGCAGUUCUAAUGAGAGGAAGACAAAAGAAGGUGGCUUUCAUGGCGGAUAUCAAGGAAAUGUUUCACCAGGUGCGGAUCAGAGAGCAAGAUCAGCAUUCCCAGCGAUUCUUUUGGCGCGGAAUGAACCGCACAGAUCCCCCCGAAGUCUACGUGAUGAUGGCAAUGAUUUUCGGCGCAGUAUCGUCUCCAUCGAUUGCCCAAUUCAUUAAGAACUUCAACGCUAAGGAACUCGAAGAUCGUCUACCAGGAGUCGUACGCCCAAUAGUCAAACAGCAUUACGUCGAUGACUAUUUUGAUUCCACGGAUACGGAGGAAGAAGCGAUCGAUUUGGUGAAGAACGUAAUCGCGGCACAUGAACACGGUGGAUUCAAACUGGUUAAAUUCGUCUCAAACUCCGAUGCUGUUUUGCAAUCCCUCGAUCCCGCGCUGAGAGCUGAACCGAGUGCGGAGGUCCACAUUCUUGGUCUACAAUGGAACCUCAGUACCGAUGAAUUUGUAUUUCCCUUGAAUUUCCCGAAGCUUGACGAAGCUCUGCGUUCCGGAACUAAUAUUCCCACUAAGCGGCAGUUGUUGCAGUUUAUGAUGAGUAUUUUUGAUCCACUGAACGUACUGUCUCCAGUUACAAUACAUUUGAAAAUACUGUUUCAAGAUCUGUGGCGUCUUCAAAUUGCAUGGGAUGAUCAAAUUCCUGAUGGUUUGGCUCCAAAAUGGAUAGAAUGA